UGUCCGUUUCCGUUCUCUUUUUUUUUCUCUCUUUCUUUCUUUACUUAAAAUCAUUCCCCUCUCCUCUUCCACAAGUGUUGAGCAGCUAACCGAGCACUGCCUUGACUAUUAUCACUGACUUUUCUCUUUAUUCGCCUCUCUUUCUCUCUCUUUCGCUCUUUCUGCAGUGGACUUCUGGCCCACUCGCGCCCCACGUGAUCAGAUCAAUCCACUCAGUGCUUCAUUGCCGCAGUAUUUCGUCUCGUUAUGCACGCGCUGCAAUCAAGUCCGAAAUGUGUUUUUAUUGUUUAAGAUAAAGUAGGGCAAGACAUGUAAUGCACAUUUUGGAGAAGGAAAAACAGCACAGAUAUUGGACGGCGUUUGAGGGACUUGAUGGCGCCAAGUUGCAAGAUAUCAGUAAGCCGGCUUCAUGAACAUUUCGGGCAGAACUGCCGAAGUUUGUUGUGGUUUAGAAUUGGUUCUCAACGGUGUUUUUCCACGAAGCCCUAUACUUUGCCCUUGUUCAAAAUGGGACAUGCACCAGCAGUCAGUCGAAAAACACCGCAUAGGACACAAUACAGCCACUGCAACUCCCGCCAUCGUCUCCUCUUUCGACCUCAAGUUACUGAACACGAAAGCAGAAAAAUGAAAAGAAUUAAAGAACCACGUGACUGACCGCGGCUGGCUGCGUUCCUAUCUUUCCUCCUCGCCUCCUUGCUUCGCGCUUUCUUUCGUUCCUUUUUUUUUUUUCUCCCGCACCUCGAGCCCCGGGUCUGCGCUUGGCGUUCAUGCCACCAGGCGGCGCCGCUGAUAGUAACGCCGUUCUUUCUCGCUCGGCGCGCUGCUAAGAACUCCGCGUUGUUGAGGGAGGGGCGUCCGACCGCGCCGGUUCGGGCCCCCGAUUUUUGCGUCGCGCUCUCUUUUGCGGUGCACUUGGCGGCGUGUCGUCGUCGGCGCGAGCGUUUCCUUCCUCUCGUGAGCACUGCAAACGACGAGCUGCGCGGGAAGGCGACGCCGUCGAGUUCUCUACUUCAACUUGCUAGCGGGCUGUAGCGCUUCCUCGUUUCUCUUUGCCUCAGUUUCCUCUCUCUACCUUCUCUUUCUUUUCUUUAUUAAGCCUUCUUUUUAUGUGCCUCCUGGAGAAAGAGAUAGGGCCAUUCAACUUUUCGCUGUACUUUCACUUUCUUUGCUCCGAACCAGCACCUUGCUUGUUUUUUUUUUUUUUCUUUGAAUUGUGAGUGCUGCUGAGCGCGAGCCAACCAGACCGGCGGCACUGGGUUAGCGCGUGUCGCUGCUUGCACGAACAAAGUGCAGGUUUUGCCCUCACUUCCUCGCCAGCCCAGCUGCUUAUUUUGGUUGGCGCCACAGUUCGCCACGAGCCCCUUUCAUGAUGUAUUCUUUGCAGAAUGUUUCGCUUCUCAGCAAGGCGUUUAUUUGCAGUAUUCUCACUUGAGUACCUAUUCCCCCUUGUGCCCGAGUGUACCACGCUCUUGAGCCUCGGCGAUCAAGUUUGUGCUGAUAUACUUCUCUGGUGAAAGUGCUGCUCCGGUUGUUGUGUACGGCGGUGCACCGGCGCGAGUCGCGGUUUGCAAUCGGCGGAGGCGCCGGUGCUGCGCGUAGCAGACGACACGAGCGCCGUAGCAGACGGCAGUGAACGAAGCUCGGCGACGUCGCUUUGUGCAAGCACGCGUUGGCUGAUGCGUCAUCGUCGUAUGCUGGCUACACCGCUGCCGCGUUGUCCGUUGCAAACCUGCAAGUUUGAGCGCUACCUUCGCACCUACCGCCUGCGCCAGCACUGAGCUCCGAACGCUGCAAACGCAAAGUGUGGUGUCACGUUUGUCACGGUGUUGUGCAAAGUGCGCAAGUUCGAGGAGCGUCGCACUGUUGAUCGUGUGUGACAACGUAGACUUGCACGUGGCGUCAGCGACAGCACCUUUACUUCGCAUCGUAACGCCCACCGCUGAAACCGAACAAAAGCUUAUCUGCGACGGACGUAUCCUGUUCCCCACACCGCCCGGUCUUCGACAGAUGCACCCGCUUCUGACACCUUCCUGUCGCCAUCCACUGAGUGAAUGAUGCCAGCAGCGCUGAGGAACCUGUCGGUCGAGGCCGCGGCGAACACCCAGCCAACGCACGCGAAGGUGCCGAGCCAGAAGCUAGACCUGGGUUAGGCCUCGCGCCGUCGGCCCUACGGAGGCCGCCCGCGAGCCCGAGCCCAGCGAGCAGCAGCGAGGGCGCCGGGAACCGCAGCCAGGGAACGCGGCGGCCGCGACAGCGGUGCCCGGCACCACGCCUCAGAGCAGCAGCAGCGCGGCUCCGCCGCCGGUUGGCGCAGCCCAGUCGCCUCCUUCCAGCAUGUCCCUCGUCAUGGUGACGCCCGCCGUGGACGACGACUUCCUGCCGGGCUCCAACAACAACGCCGCUGCCACGAACAACAACAACAACCACCACGCGGCGCCAACGCAGCCUCCUCCGCCCCAGCCACCGCCCGAGCCGCCCGACUGGUCGUACCCGCAGCUGCAGCACCAGGCGUCCGGUUCGUCAGGCAAGCCCGUGCUGGUCCUGGGCCGGAUGCACUCGGAACCGGAGCGAUCGCUGCCCCUGGUCGAGUUCAAGACGCUCGAGCCUCCCGCGCCGCCAAACUACCGAUCGUGCCCGGAGAUCGGCCCGCAGAUCCAGGUGGUGCAGUUCACCGGCCCCGGCGUCAGUGAGGAGGACGAGUGCUGCCCAGGCUACGACGUCGAAGGUGGCGAGGACGGCGGCGCCGGGUUUCGCCGCUCGUCCGCGUGGGGCGCCCCGGCGCCCGGAGGGGGCGGGGCGCCCCCUGCGGGCCGCGCGGCGUGCGAACCGGCGCCUUCGCAGCAGCGCCCCCACUUAUGGACCCCGCACACGCGGCUGGGUCUGAGCGCGCGGUUGGAGCACUCGUUCCUCACGCGCACGGUGUCCCGCGAGAGCGUGCGCUGCAGCGCGACAGACGCGGGCCUGCUGCCGGCGUCGUCGUCGCAGCAGCAGCCGUCGUCGCACCAGGCGGCGGGCGCGCCGCUCACCACGUCGCUGCGCCAGCUGCACCGGGACAACGAGAUCGCCGAGAUCGCGGCCGACUCGAUGCGCAUCAAUGGGGCGCUGCGCCACUUCAAACACCUGCGCAAGCCCACCUCGACGCUCUCCAUUCCGGCGGCCAUGAAGGCGCAGCAGCACUCGACCGAGAGCGACGGCGCGGGUAUAGCCCUCGUGGGCGUGCACACGGACGCCGGGGUCGGCGGCGGGGGCGACGGCGACUUGCGGCGCUUCCUCAAGGGCGCCUCGGGCUCGCUGUCCGGCAGCGGUGCGCCGGGGGGAGCCUCGGGAGGCGGGGGUUUCGGCCCUGGGGGCCGCUUCCACAAGCCUUCGGUGGGCUACCGGCUGGGCCGGCGCAAGGCGCUCUUCGAGAAGCGCAAGCGCAUCAGCGACUACGCCCUGGUCAUGGCCCUCUUCGGAAUCAUAAUGAUGGUCGUCGAGAACGAGCUGUCCGCUGCGCACGUCUACGAAAAGAGUUCGGUGUACUCGAUGUCGGUAAAAACGCUCAUCACUGUGUCCACCAUCAUGCUGCUCGGUCUCAUAGUAGCCUACCAUGCCUUAGAAGUUCAGCUGUUCAUGAUCGACAACUGCGCGGACGACUGGCGCAUCGCCAUGACCCCGCGCCGGGUGGCGCAGAUCCUGGCCGAGCUGUGCGUGUGCGCCGUGCACCCGGUGCCGGGCGACCAGCGCUUCACGUGGACCACCAAGCUGGCCAACCACGGGAACCGCGUGCGCUCGCGCGACGUGCCCGUGGACGUGACGCUGUCGCUACCCAUGUUCCUGCGGCUGUACCUCAUCUGCCGCGUCAUGCUGCUCCACUCGAAGCUCUUCACGGACGCCUCGUCGCGCUCCAUCGGUGCGCUCAACCGCAUCAACUUCAACACGCGCUUCGUGCUCAAGACCCUGAUGACCAUCUGCCCCGGCACGGUGCUCCUCGUCUUCAUGGUCUCCCUCUGGAUCAUCGCCUCCUGGACGCUCAGGCUAUGCGAAAGGUACCACGACGAGGAGCAUGCUAACUUGCUGAACACCAUGUGGUUGACGGCAAUCACGUUUCUCUCCGUGGGCUACGGAGACAUCGUGCCCAACACGUACUGUGGCAGGGGCAUCGCGGUCACCACGGGACUAAUGGGGGCCGGUUGUACAGCCCUGGUUGUUGCUGUGAUAGCGCGAAAGCUGGAGCUUACUCGAGCCGAGAAGCACGUCCACAAUUUUAUGAUGGACACUCAACUGACGAAAAGGUUGAAAAACGCUGCGGCCAACGUCCUACGAGAGACGUGGCUCAUCUACAAAAAUACUAGGCUUGUGAAACGUGUGAACCCUUCCAAAGUGAGAGCGCACCAGCGCAAAUUCCUCCUCGCAAUUUACAGUCUCAGAAAGGUUAAAAUGGACCAAAGGAAGCUUAUGGACAACGCAAACACAAUUACAGAUAUGGCGAAGACCCAGAAUUCGGUGUACGAGAUUGUGUCGGACAUGAACGCGCGCCAGGAGUUGUUCGACGAGCGGCUGGCAACGCUCGAAGAGCGGCUCGCCGCCAUCCACGAGCAGCUCGAGGCGCUGCCGGAGGCCGUGGCGCGCUCGUGCGGCGCGUACUACGCUGCCGCGCCGCAGCCACAGCCGCCGGCGUCGAGCCAGUCCUACCCGCCGGGCUCGAUGCCGCUGCCGGAGUGCGGCGCCGCAGUGCUGGGGCCGCUGCAACAGCCGCUGCAGCCGCCGCUACCAGCGCCGCUGCAGCAGCCGCUGCUGAACCAGCCCCGCCACACGCAUCUGCACCCGGACGACGCGGCGUCGCUGAGCAGCCGGCCGAGCUGGUCCACCGUCAACCUGUCCGGUGGAGCGGGAGGAGGAGGAGGAGGGGGAGGAGGCGGCGGCAGGCUGGGAGUCCUGCAGCCGCCCAUGGUGGCGCGCUCGGGCUCCACCGAGAACUGACACGACGACGACGAGCGUCGGCAGUGGAGCCCGCCGUCUGCCUGGCGGCGACAGGAGCCCACGGAGGACGACGAGGACGAGGAGGAGGCGCCUCUGUUGUCGUCGCCGUCUACGCCGCCGCCGCCGCCUACGUCGCAUCCGCAGCAGCAGCAGCAGCCGCCGCCACCGUCGCUUCAGCCGACAGCCGUCGGCUCCGCCGGAGACCCGUCGUCAGCCACGCUACGCUUUUCCGCGCGCCGUUGCCACGACUGGGGCGGCGCUCGGCGCUGGCUGGUCUGACGCGGGCCUGCGGCUCGGCUUAUUCUGCCCCAUGCGUGAUUCCGAGCGGUUACUUUUGCUUUUGAGUCUUUCUCCUUUUGCGCGAAUCACUGCUUUAGUAGCUAUCGCUUCACCUGCUAAUGCUGGGCUGUGCGGGACAGCUGCUCUGAGGGCUGUGCGCCCAUAGCGGGCGUUGAUUUGGUUACGUAAUGUGCAUGUCGACUGGCGGGGCCCGGAGCUUAACGUCAAGAUAUUUUGUCUCACCGAGUGUGUUUCCAUUAAUGUGCGGCAUCAGUUGUGUUGAACAAAACCGUGUCGCUUAAGUUUAGUUCCCGGAAAUACGUAGGAGGUGAAACUCUGCAGUCAAGUGCUCUGUAAUAGCGAAUGGGAAUUUUAGCAAGGGGGAGGAUGAUAGAAGCGAAGCGCGAUAUGAGCGACCGGAUUAAAAUGGUCUCUAUUUAUGGCCUGCUGAAACUAGUGUACCACUGUUAGAGCCCGCGACAACAUCCCUUAACAGGUGCAUUUUCGACACGAUGUCCCAAGUUAGCAUAUCUGUGCCCAAAGUUUACCAUAAUGAUGUCUUCCAGAAUUUGUUGGUCGCUAAACAAAAAUACUUCAAGAGCUUCCGCACACUUUGAGACGACUAUAGAAGCGCUUCCCGUCACUGCGUCAAGAGCGGAGCUAAUGGAACAUUACUGAGUGCGUAUAAUGGGAAAAUGCGCCUUUCUUUUGAUGAAGCUUGUCAAACGAAUUGAAGAAUGAGAGCUGGGACAACCACUUGUACGUCGGUCGUUGUCAACGAGACGUACCGGAAAACGGGAUCGUUAUGUCGCAUUUCUCAGCUUCAUUUGUUCUGCCCCAUAAUAGUUCUUCUGAAAGCCUAAAUCUGCACGUUUCGAUGAGACGAGGGCCUUCCAGGCGUAAAGACGAAGUAUCUAUAGCAUCAGUUUUCUCUCACACAAUUAAACACGGCGACAUUAGAGAGGCAGCUUACAUAGACAGGCAAGGUCACAGAACGUGUAGUGAGGUGGUGCAUAACGUAUACCACGUUUCCAGAUGUUAAAUGCGCAUGUUUUACUUAGGGCGAGAACGAUUGGAGGAAAUGUGCAUCUACCGCAACACAUGCUGACCUUUCGAGAAGGAAGCCGAACUCCCGAAUUCGCAAACGUGCCUCGACUCGACUGUCCUCGUCGACUCUAUCGAGUGGGAGGAUCGAGCCGCUCUUCGACUGAAGCGACCUCGGUGCUUCAUUAGAUGUCUUGGACAACUUGAGAGCUAUAGUUUCGUAAUCAGAACUUUCACAUUCUGCUGAACGGAGCUCGAACGGAGGGGCGCUUGUCAAGCAACUCUUCGUCGCGGGAAUCGUAGAGCAGCGUUCUCGAAGCGCACCGACUGUUUCAGUCAAGAAGACUCGAGUCGAUUCGAUCCGCGUUUGCGAAUGCGGGGCUCAGAGUUAAGAAGCCCGCGCAGCCCCAUGAUGCCAAGCGCCGUUCUUUGUAGAUACUUAUAGUCUCCACGCUUGCUCGCGCUGGCUCCAAUCUUCGACGGUGUGUGUGCGUGUGUGCGGCAAGUGCCCUCCUGCCUUGACGACUGCCUGCUGCCGCGCUGCGCGUGGAGAAACUCUGUGUGUCGUGCUGUUGUACCGCCGUCACCGGGGACAAAACCUUCGACGUGGCCCGACAGCCCGUGCGAGACGUGUUGCGGUGCUGAGAGAGAGAGACUCCGCUCGACCUACCGCGACAUCGAACUAUAUCUCGCAUGCACAAGAGUCUUCGAGUGUUUCGUUGGUGACGUAACCGGGGCUAGACUAUACAUGUAUAGCUCUUCCUUCGCCGUCUAUGUAGGGGAGGUGAAACACAAGCGCGGAAUCAAAGAAGAAGAAAAUCGUGAAUGUGCGACCGACUGUAUAUCCGCGUUGUUCUCGGUACGUGCGUUUGUUGCCUGUUACAAGAGUGUCUGGCGCUUUCUUUUGUUUGGCACAUGUUGAUCGGCGUGCGAGUGAAAGGAAACAGGUCGCCGCAGAGUGAUUGUGGCCGCACUUACGAAGAAAGCAUGGACACAGCGUUUCCGUUGUUAGCAUACAUUGUUAAGCAGAUAUAUGCUUAAACGAGGGGUGUGUAUACGUUCCGUUUUACAACGUUCGUUGUUGUAUCUUUGCUCCUGUGUUCCCCCCUUUCGUUUCUGAUGUUUUUUUUUUGUUUUUACUACUUACCUUAACGUAACUUUUCCAAGUCGAUCGUUAUAAUAGUUACGUGGCAAAAGCUAACUCGAGUGGCGUCGUCUGUUGAGGUGUGUAGAAGCGGUAAUGUUGCUCGCUUGUUUGUUGCACCGUUGCUUUUUUUUUUUUUUUUUCCUGAGUUCCGUUCCUCUGCCCCUGCAGCUAUAUUCCUGGAAAUGGCUACGGAAAUUCGCUGUUCUUUAAGCUUAAAGAUCUAAAAAACGCUCAUUCGCUUAAACCUGGCAUUCCAGAAAUGUCCUCGACAAAAGCGCUUCAGGGUGGCACGAAACGAGUCGUACGCAUUUUAGAAACGUCUUGCGUCUCACUCCGCGUUGUUCACUUUACACUUGUGUACUAUACCGAUACAUGCAGCUGUGCUUCUCAGUCCUUAGAGUUUACAAGGCACACGGUACGUGUGCGCUUUCUUGUGAAAACUUUCGAAGGGUCUUCAGGGGCAAGAUCUAGCGCCGGGACGUAGUGCAGAGCUUUCGCAGCACGCCGAGCUAUCCGAAUUGUUGAUGGGGUAAUAAAAAAGACAACGCACACAGUAAGGGAAGACAAUGACAAGCCCCUGUCUUUGUCUUUCAUUCUGGUGUGCGUCGUCUUUUUUAUUGCGCUGACUUUUUACUUCACCACCAAUGCAAGACCAGCUACCCCAACAAUCAAUUGUCCUUGAGCUAUACGAAGCUUAGGAGAUGGAACGGCGCUGUUCCUGCCGAUCUCUGAGGCUUUAGCAACAAAGCUAUCGUUGCAGCACGCGACGCAAUGACGGGCCCAGUGAGGCCUUAAGAGAUCUGUUAUAAACGGUUUGUAGAAAUGCUAUAUACCCUUUAUUAAGCCUAUAAAUAAUCUAACGACAUUCGUCUAUUAAGUCUAAAGAUAGUCUAUAAAUCUUCUGUGGUGUCUGUAGAUAUUUUCCGUAGAUCUCGUAUUACGACCACUAUUGACAGUCUAUAGAUAGCGCCCGGAUUUUCAGCGGACUAUUUUCUAUGGACACAUUAAAAAUAAUUUGGAUGAGUUUGGUUAAUAAAGACAGCCAAAGAAAUAGACUCGUCGCUGUCGGUAGACGGUAUAGAUAUUCUGUAGACAACGGUGCAACUCUAAAGGAAUGCAAAAUAGUUUAUGAAAGGUCUAUAAACAUUGCUUAGACUGUAAAAGUACACUUUUAUAAAGGCAGCCCUCACCGGCGUCGAAGCUUUUCAUGACGGAGGUACUUCUUGCUUACAGUAGGCAACUACUAUACUUGUUGAAAAGGCACCCACAGCGGGGAUGACCGCUUUGUUGCUGCGAUGGAAAAUCUCGGAAAAGCACAAUUUAAGCUUGCAGCAUCCGCCAACUUGCUCAGAUCGCAGGAGGAAUGCGCUUUGGAGCGCACUUCCAUAGGAUUAAAAUAAUUGCCAGCCUACAAAAGAGCACAAAGGCUUUCUAUGGAACUGUAUGUCCGUAGAGUAUCCACAAAUGCUCAAACUAUCUACGGAGUUGUGGUGAUACUUGCAAUACUUUCUGCGCGAUAUCAGUAAGUUAUGUACUGGCAAAAAAAAAAAAGAAAUCUGGGAUUGCGAACCACUGAACGUCUACUGACUUUUUAAUUAUAUCGUCAUAAACGUUGCGAUAUAUAAGAACCGCUAGAACGUACCUGUACACAGUCUUCUGGCUCAUUACCUUACACAUGUUGCUUACGAUGGUCCACAAAUUAUUAUUUAUAAACAUCUUGCUUGAAAUUCCAUGCGCCAGAGAUCGACCAAAAUAAAUAGGCCUAUCAACAAUUAUUUACCCGCAGAUAAUCUCUACGUUUCGUGGAAACAAGAAUGUGUCCGCGAGAAAACCCCAAGAAACACACGUCGACAGGACAAAUCUACAUCGACCAGCGCUUGUCCCGUGGGUGUGCUUCUACUACCGUGGUUAUUACGCCAUAUUUAUUUACUCAGCAUGUUUGACCAACCAGUUAAAGCUAAGAUUUCUACGCUUGCACUGGUAUGCAUGAAGGUAAAGUAGUACACGAGUUAAUUUUAGCACGCUAUGCAGGCGCUCCGAAUCUGCAAUCAGAAGGGCGAUGUCAACGCGCCCCAGCAUACCGAGAAAAGUUUCAAUGAGGCAAUGAAGAAAGGAUUUCUUUCUUUCCUUCAUAUUCUGAACUAAGCGCGCAGCUUCCGCGCUCUGUGCAAGUUUGACGGGAGCUGUACUUCCGAGUCCAUCGAAAGGAUCGAAGCGGUUAUCGGAAAAGGCCUUAACUUACGUGCCUCGUGGGACAUAACGCAAGCUUUCUUGAAGUGCGAAGAGUUUUAUGGCUCUCACGCGAUCUCAGUUCCGCUCGCUUUUUAUACCGGCCUUUUUCUUAAGUCUUCUGGGUGACCAGCAGGGAACGCAACUGCUUCCUGUUGUUAAGCCGGGUCGGCGUAGGAGCUAGGCCCCGAGUGGUGUUUACUUCCGGUGGUUCUGUACUACCGGGAUCAUUUUAGACGUUACCGCUGACGGCCUGGUAAGCUUCAGAAGCCUCCGGAUUAGCGUUUUAUGUUGGCUUAGCUCGACCUGCCACUAAAGUCACCCAACAUCGGAUACUUUCUUCAGGCUUCCUUUAGCGACUACUGCCUUGCGGAUUACAGCGUCGAUCAAGAAAGGCAAACGCGGCGAUCUACAUUUUUUCUACAAAGCAUGUCGCAGCGAAUGGAAAUAUUGGAUAAGAAAUGGCGGAGUAACGCGAAGUAAGAAAUGACCAAGUAAGCUGUCCAAACCACUAAAACAAAUUUUUAAGGUUUACUAGGAAAUUAGCUUUUUGCUAUACAUUUCGUUUCUAGAAGAGCAGUUAGAUCAGUCUUAUCCUCAAAAAUGACUCGGCGUGACAGAUAUGAUGGGAAAACGAAAGCUGGCGACGCCACUUUGAUAUCUCGGCACCAACAUGUGGUGACGUCACAGAUUCUUGCACUUCUGGUGAAUGCUAACAGUCUAGGGAAUACAAAUUAUAUUCAUUCCCAUUCCAAACUGCACGAAUAUGAGGACUUUAUCGGGUAACAUAUAACGUUAUAUAAUAUAACAACUUUUCGGCAGGAUGAUGACUCGGGUAGGAGGAACUAUAGCCGUGAAAUCUAUUUCUUAUCUAAAGGGCACAAAUAUUAAGACUUGAUCAGGUAACAUUUACGAACUUUUCGGCCGGAUAAUGACUCAGACAUGGGUGACUAUAGCCGUGAAAUCUAUCCCUAUUCGAAAGUGCACAAAUAUUAGGACUUGAUCGGGUAAGAUACGCGAACUUUUAAGCAGGAUACUGACUCAGAUAGGGAGAACUAUAGCCGUGAUAUCUAUGACGUCACAACAAUGUCAGUGUCGCCUUCGUAUGGGCGCCAGGUUUAAAUCAGGGAACUCUUACCUUAAUUUUCUGCAAUAUUAUUUUUUUUAAGAGAGCCUUGAAAUAGUUAUCUACGCAUCUAGAUUAGCUUAAUAUUCUUCUUUAAGUGUCCAGUUAGGCUGAUCUAUAUGGUGCUUAUUGCGAAUCAAGACUAACUUCUUUGUAACGAUCGCGAUACCGCUCCUUUGCUUCGCUUCACAAUUUCCUCGCAGGAUCGUAGCUACGAUCUCUUAAACUGGUCACGUACCCUUCUGAAUUAAUAAUGCGAACCACCUACGUGCUGCAAUGAAAAAACAAACCAGCCCAGCCACUUUCAAUUCUCUUCAAACGAAGCCAGAAUUCGGAAAGUUUCGUUGUCAAUCCGCCGGCAACGAACUGUUCUCGUGCGCUUUACUUAGAUCUAUCUGCCCUACCCUCGAAAAACCCUGCCAAAAGCGUUUUCAGUAAAACACAUGUUCUUCGGUCGGCGACCUUUAGCAACGUCAAAAUAGCUGCGCCAUCACUGUUUGACUCGGGCAGAGUGAUAUAAAUAUUGACAACUUUUCCCCAUGCCAUAUGGACGGAUCGAGCUAAACUGACUAGGCGACGUACUCGGCGUGCUUACUUGUUGGAGUUUCACUGGUGUACUUGGACCAGGGAAAUACAUUGUUUUUUUUUUUUUCCUAAGCCAUCUCCUCUCUUUCAUAUUUUAGAUGUACAUACCAGAUAUUGGUGUCCUUAUGUUGUGAGCUCCAUCAGCGGCGCACGUCACCAGCUGUCGUGGUCUCUCUAGUCCUGUGUUCUUCUUUAUUCUUUGCGUUUAUGUGUGGUUUAUUUUUCCCAACUUUGUUUUAGUAGCACUUCCACAAUAACUCAGACUCAAAGAUUUUAAACAUACGAGGGUCAAGACAUCUCUCUUGCAAAUAUUCUUUUUUCCGUGGACAUCGCUCUUAUAGAUAUUUGCUUCUUAUUUUAGCAUGUAACCCAUGUCGCUGCGGCUUACUAACAAAGCGUUUCUGUAAAAAAAAGAAUUACAACUGCA